UUUCAGAGCGGUAAGCUUGCAACAACGAAAGAGGCAUUUAUCGUGGCCACGGAGAAACAGGAGACAACUUAGCAAUUACGGAAGCGUUAUUGUGUCGGUUGCUGGAAAUAUCCCAACGGGUUGUGCGUGCAUAAAAACUGUCAGUCUGGAGCCAUGUCACGACAGAUGGAAGACAGCCAUAGAAGAUUCCUUCAAAAUAUGAUGGUCAAUGGCAUUAUUGACGAACAAGGGGCGAGGACGCUGUAUCAGCGCUGCUGUGAAACACACAAGAUGCAGCAUGUCCCUGAUAAAAUGGACGAAUUCAUUGAUACCAUCAACUCAAAGCUGCAGCCCAUAUUCAUGCAGAUAAGAAAAGGAAUGUCUGAAGACAGUGGCGAGCAGCACUACGCUCUGGUCAAUAUGGCUGAGACUGAUGUCACCAGAAUGUCGUCAAAUUAUGCGGACAAUGAACUGGAGCUCUUCAGGAAAGCAGUGGACCUGAUCGUAAGCUCUGAAACUGGCACGGCUUCCUCCACGGACAUUCUGAAUAGCGCUGACACCAUGACGUCCAAAAAGCUGAAGAAGAGUGAGACAGAGCAUCUCUUGAACCGAUUCGUGCAUGACAAGUGGCUCUGUGAGAAACGGGGUGAAUACAACUUGUCCACCAGAUGUAUCAUUGAGAUGGAGUCGUACAUCCGCACAAUGUAUCAAGACCAGGUCAAAGUCUGCCACAUCUGUCACUACAUUGCUUUCCAGUGCCAAAUAUGUGAGAAUCCGAUAUGUGGCAUAAAAAUACACAACCCAUGUGUGGCCAGAUAUUUCAAAGGAAGAUCAGAGCCACGGUGUCCAGCAUGUGAUGAAUUUUGGCCUCAUGAAAUCCCUGAAAUCAGACUGCCCAGAUCUCAGUCCAGAAGAUGAGGACUUCAGUACCAAGUGUGUUUUUUCUUUGUUGAAGUUGUUAAGUAUAAUUUUCACAAAAGUUUGUAAUUAAUCAGUUAAGGUGGAUUUUUUUUAAAUCAUUAUUAACGCCCAUCUACGUUCAGAAUUGCAGAUAUACAACAUACUGUGUUGAUUUUCUUUUUUUUCUUUUUUUAAAGAAAUGGCUGUAUGCAAAAGGUCAACUGUUUAAGUAAAACUGGUAUACACAGGGGCUACAACUGUUUUCAUUCUUACAAAUUGUAAUGAUAAUUUUCUCUUUCAAUCACUAAUAGUUUAUACUAUAGAAUGCCCAUAAAAAGACGCUGAAGCUAUUACAUGGGGCACAAAUAAAAUGAUAACAAUGUAAAACAUGAUCAACGGAAGUUUAAUUUUGUUAAGCAUAGUCAGUUUUAUUUGAUAC